AUGGCCAGUCAUGGCCUCAGCGCGUGUCAGGUCUUUGAAGUCUUCGAUGCAUCGCUGGCGGUGUCCACACGUUGUGCGGAAGACGCGGGAGCCACGGCCUCGGAAGCGAUCCAGGCAGCAGAGAGGCUCUUGAAGGCCCUGAUGCCGCAUGGAAUCUGGGUCAUUCUGUCGUCGGACAGUGACGAGAGUUUCCAGCUCGCAAGGACUUUGGCGGAUGCCAACCCUGUCGGUUUGGGCUUGGCUUUGCGCAUCGAGAAGGUGGAUUGGAGGCUGGAGAAACUGCUGGAAAAUGAAGGAAGGUAUGCUGAUCCCCCAUUGCGUGUUGCGCCUUUUGCCUUGCGCUUUUUCCCACCAGGACGGGACAAAAACCCUGUUCCAUGUUGGAGAGCCAAGCGCAGGCGGACGGCACAGGAGGUUUUUCAUGUCUUGGACUUCUGUGCGGGCCUGGGGGGUCUAACUGUUGGACUUACCGAAUUGGGUUUCAAAGUUGUUGCAGCUGUGGAUGAAAACAAGUCUUGGGUGCCUCUGUAUCACUCCCUUCAUGACACAGGCGUGCAAUACUAUGUGGGUGACAUGGCUAGCACAGACGUGCUCACGAAGUUGAUGAUUGAUGGAUUUUUUCAUGGCACGAUUACUGCUGGAGUGAAUUGCCAGCCCCACUCACUGCUGGGGGACCGUAAGGGCAUGCAAGAUGAGAGAGCAGUAUCGUUGCCGAAAGCCCUGCAUUGUGCAUGGAUGCUUCAAGCAGCCAUCUUGAUUGUCGAAUGUGUGCCGUCAGUGCUUGGUGACCCGGCAGCUCAGGAUGUCAUCAGACGUUUUGCAGUGGCCACUGGCUACAGGGUUUCUCAGACCAUUGUGAAGCUUGGGAACGCAUGGGUGUGUAAAAGGGAUAGAUGGAUUGCUGUUUUUUCUGCACCCCCGGUUGGGCUGAUUGAUGUGCCUGAUUUGCCUUUUUAUGAUGACUACCAGGUGGUGCAAGAUGUCAUGCCCCGCUUGAUGCCUUGGCCAGAAACCGACAUGCAACAGUUGCGCCUGAACUUGUAUGAGCUUGCCAAGUUUCAUGAGUUUGCGGUUGGGGGCGUGGAAGCACUGUACUUUGAUGUCUCGGGCAAGUGUCCAACACUGCUUCAUAGUGCUGGCAACCAACUGUAUGCUUGUCAGUGUGGCUGUCGUGGUCCUUUGUCCCUGCAGCGUCUCAGCACAAAGGGUUUGGUCGGUGUCUUGGUCCCCUUAGGCACAAGUCAGAUUCAUUGCAACAAGGUGAUGGAACACUGCAGGUACCUUCAUCCAGAAGAAAUGUGGGUUUUGAUGGGGGGCAUGCCGGAACAGCGGUGGGGGGCAAACCUUAGACUGGCCAUGGCAGGAAUUGGUCAGGCUGUCUCCCCUGUAGUUGGACUUUGGAUUUUUGCCCAUGUCAAGCGGCAGUUGGAAUCUUUCCUAGGGUUUGCUUCGCAAUGCAAGCCGAAGCAGGUUUUGGACUUGUACCUGCAACAACUGAGUGCUAGGUGUGGUGCUCUCUGGAUUCCUGAGAUUCCCCCGACUGUUCCCUGUCAUGAGGUGGAUGCGUCUGGUGAUGAAAGGGUACAUGCUCAGCUGCAGUUGGCUUUUCCGUCCCUUGGGGUGUCCUAUCAGCAUGUGGCAUUUGUACGGGGUUUGACUGGCCGCCAGCUUUUGGAGGCUGAAGCAGCUUUGGACACAGAGCGGAAGACUUGGAUUUUGAGGGUUGAUGGACUUGAUUUUGACUUGGAUUUGCCGUUGCCAGACGAUGCCAAGUUUCAGGUUGUGCCCGUUGAUUGGACUGAUGCGCAUGCUCAAGGCAGCACCAUUGUGCCUUGUUGUUUGACCUUGACUGAGGUGAGGGCAGCACAAAAGGGUAUGGGAGUACAGGGGGAUGAUCCAACCACGCUUCAGGGUAUUGGACGUAUCCGAGCUGUCACCAUGUCCAUUCAUGACAGGCAGGCCAUUUUGGCCCAACAAGGACCAGUGUGGGGUGACGAUGAACUUUUGUUUGGACUGACGCGUAUUGCACUGGUAACUGAUGAUGACCAAUUUGUCCAGGUGUGGGACCCUCUGUUGCUUAGCAAUUUGCUGGUUUUGCCCGACUCUCCUGAAUGGAAAAGCCUUGUUGGUGCCCUCACACCAGUUGCUACCGUCAUCUCUGCUGUCUUGGUUGGUGUUCACUGGGUCCCGGUGGUUUUUCGGAUUGACUCUGUCGGUGCGAAGUUGUUUACCACACAGGUACCAGCAGAAUACUCCCAGCUUUUUGAGGGUCUGUGUCAUGUCAUUGGUCGCUUCAGCAAUGGACUUUCAGGGGCUUGGACUUCGCAUGCCAUCCCGUUUCUGCCGACUGAACACUGUGGUGCUCUUGUCUUGUGCUUUGUGCGUCACCUUCUGUGGGGAGAGUCUCUGCCUACCACUUGCGUCCUCUCAGACUUUGCCUGCAGAUCACGUCUUGAGUUUGUCCAAGAGAUGCAAGAACAGUGUCUUCGCCCGAUGUUAGCUGGACUUGGAGUCACCGAACUUGAGCAACUAGCCGAUAUGUUGGCCAAGCAUGGAGUGCCGAGUGAAGAAAAACAAGCACGAGCCCAGCAUGUCAUGCAGAUGCUAGGAAAGGAGCAGGUGGUCAAAGCAAUGCAGUCUUCCAACCCAUGGAAGGAAUUGAAAUGGCUUGCAAACCAAUCCAGGCCACCCUUGCAAUUGAUCAAACCGUCUGAAUUGAGGAUGGUGGUGGAGAAGAGACAGGCAGAACAACCUGUUGGUGCCAAACGUCACAAGGUGCCAAAAGGUAAGGGCAAAGGUGCUAGGUUGCAGCCGAUCAGGAUCGAUCCAGAUGCCCUUCGACUCGAAGCUGGAAUUUUCCAGACACAGGCAGGAGUUCCUCUCAGCCAAGUCAGUUUGGUGCAACUAGGACCAGCAGUCUCUGGGGUUGCUAUCGUGUCUAAGGAAACAGCCAGACCUUACUUGCAAGCGGCGCAUCCGGUGUCCAGUGGUGCCUUGGCCUUGUUUGUUGUCGAUGGUGACGAGUUUCCUGCGUCGCAAUUUGCGGUCACCAAAGAACGGGUUCCCUUAGUGUGUGCCUCCAAUGCCGAACCGGUUUUGCUUGAUGGACUGUUGGUUCAGGUGGGAGGGUUGCAGGUUGUGCGUGCUCCAGCAGCAGUCAAGUGUGCUGUCCAAGCUGUCGCCACAUGUGUUGUCAAGGUUAUGGUGUACAAGGAUAUGACUGUGGAAUCAUGGGUGCAUGUGUGUGCCCAUCCGGUGCGUCAUGUCUUUUCUAAGUUGCCACGACUUCAGCCAUGUGAGGACUCUGAGUGUCUAGGAUGUGAGUCAUGGCAUCGCUCUGAGCUUUUUCCUUUGGACACGCCAGUGAUUGAAAUCUGGGGAAAGCAGUGGCUCAAGCUGAACUAUGCCAGUGCAGCUCCUCCACAGGCUGACAUUUUUGCCGUCAAUUUCCGUUUGCCAGAGAUUUUGCAGCAGGUCAUCCAAGAAUUCUCAGGCUAUGGAGGGGUGUUUGUGGAGCCGAAAUCGGUUGAUGGGAGAAGCCCUUCUGAAGAGUACCAAGUGGUUUGGCUGGCAAAGUCAGGCAUUGCCCAGCUCACACUGCAAAGACAAACCAUUGCAGAAGUUUGUGGACUGGCACGAAUGGGAUCCAAAUUGGGGUUGCGGUGUCGUGUGCAAGAUGCUGCCAAGGGUAAGAAGCAAACCUAUGUCUGUGGCCCCUUCCCUUUUGGUACUUUGCGCAGUUCGGUCUCCACAGCUUUGGCAGAAGGGGGGUGGACUGCUCGGGUCUUUCAACCAGUUGCAGCAAAAAGUCAUGUGCAGGGCCUUAUGUACAAAGUGCAUGCAGUUACCGGCCCACCAGCUAAAGUCAUGCACAUGGCACAUGGCGAUGUGGUGAUUGCAAAGGAGGAGGAUGAAGAGCUUCCUGUGCAAGAGCGACCUAAGAUGGUGGCGACCCCUGCCACAGAAAGCUUUGUAGCAAAGGAUGGGGAGAUUGACAUGGUCCACUUGCAGGAUCCGUGGGCCAGAGCUGCUCAAAAGUUGCCGAAGGUCAACCCAGUCACAGCAACCAUAGGGAACCCAAUGGAGGACAUGGAGCAGAAGGUGGUAGCGGCAGUCCUAGCCCAACUACCGAAGCAACCGAUGGAUGUUGACAGUGAGCAAGCAGGCCAGCGAGUGGCCCAGUUGGAACAGCAGGUUGCUGAGCUGCAGAGCCAUACCCAGGCGCUGGGGCAGACUGUUCAAAACACAGCAAUUGAACAGGCAGCACAGAUCCAGGAAGUCCGCACUCAGGUUCAACAACAAGGAGUUCAUCUGGAAGCAGCCAUUGCGGCUCAGGCAGCCCAGAUUCAGGGAUUCCAAGAUCAGUUCCAAGAACAAUUCAAGCAGCAAGUGACACAUCAGCAGACAAUGCUUGAUAGCAUGUUUUCCAAGCAGAUGUCCCAGUUUGAAGGUCUCCUGAUGAAGCGCCAGCGCCAAGACAAACUAGGGGUUUUGGACGGUGUCUCCGUCUUUGGUGGUGUGCUGUUUGCCUCCUUGUCUGGGGAAUUUUGCACUUGGACUUUUGGGGUGGCCAAUCCGUCUGGGCUCAAUCAUAAGCUUGAUCACAUCGCUCAUCUGGAGGGUGAUGUGUGGUUGAUGUCGGAGACCCAACUUAGUCAGCGGGGGUUGUCUGGAUUCUGUAAGGGGCUCAAAACUGUCAAAGCACCAUGGAAUGCAGUCCCAGGGGCCCCAUGCCCAGUGAGAGGGUCCACUGAAACAGGAAGCCACUCUGGUGUCAUGAUGCUGUCGCGUUUUCCAGCACGCCCUUUACCUCAUUCUUUUGGGGAAGCCUAUGACUCAGCACGACUUCAAGUUGCUGGUUUCGUGGUGGGGCAGGUUUGGGUCACUGCAGGGAUUUUGUAUGGGCUUCCAUGUAAUGCCACGCAUGUUCAAGCCAAGUUUCAAACUGACUCACUUCUUGCGGAGCUGGUGGAUAGGGUGGCAUGUUGCGGCCAUGGAUUUCGUGCCAUAGGGGGAGACUUCAACUAUGACACACAUGAACUCACACAACUGAAAAGGCUGCAAGAAAUGGGUUUUCGUGAAGUGCAGGACCUGUCUGCCUAUCGUUUUGGAACCAGUGUUUUGCCAACAGGGAGGGGCAAGCGUCGUAUCGAUCAUCUUUGGAUUUCACCAGAGCUGCAGCAGUUGUUUGUUGGGCUUCAAAUGCGGUCUGACCUUUGGGCUGAUCACGUGGCUGUGGAAGGGGUUUUUGCGCAAAUUGGGGCUUCACCGACCAUUGAUGGGUGGCACAUGCCGCAGCCUUUUCCGUGGCCUGCUCAAUGGACUUGCCAGGUGGACUUUGAUGUCAGUGUGGACUCGUCGGUGGCAUAUGCAACAAUGUGGCACCAGUUGGAGGGUCAGGCCAAGUGGUGGGUGGGUCAGCAAGGUAGGGUUGUUUCGGCCAACCAAUGUGGACGUGGUCAAACUGUUACCACUGCCCCCCGCCAUGUUUACACGUGUCCGGGAAAAAAGGCCAGAAAAGGUGAUGUGCAACCAACUUUUUUGGGGGUUAGCCUGAGCCAUGCGAGGAUUUUCCGUCAGCUCCGAAGGUUGCAAUCUUUGCAUAGGUUGCUGCAGCAUGGAUGUGACACAUGGAAUGCUUGUAUCAAUCGGGAUGAUACGUGGAAAGCAAUUUUGGCGGCAGCUGGGUUCCCCUCUGGAUUUGGACUUUGGUGGGGUGAUCAUGGACUUCAACCAUCUUUUGGACUUUGCUUGCCUCGUGUGUGUCCGAGCGUGUCUGAGGUUGGUGGCAUGUUUGAUAGCUUUCAUGCAUGGGUGAAGCAAUAUGAAGCAGGGUUGGCACAAUCGCGGUACCACCAUGCCAAGCAGCGUCGUGAGUAUGAUCUCAAUUUUGUCUUCAAGGAUUGCAAGCCUGAUCCCUUGCCAAAAGUUGAUACGCUCCUAGAUCGGGUUGAGGGCCAUAUCGAGGAGGUCAGGGAGGAGGACAGUUCUCUUGUUUUGGUGGAUCCAAUCACAAUGUUGCCCGGCGCUCCAGUGGUGGUCAAUGGGCGUGCUGUUGAUGUCUUGCACCAUGAAGCUGAUCAGGUCUGGGUCAUGUCAGUGGAUGGCAUUUUGCCAGGGCACACCUUGGUCCAAGAAAAACCGGUGUGCUCUGAUCGGGAGAUCCUGAAGCGCUUUGCUGAGGUUUGGGAGCCACGAUGGCAGAAGCUCUCACAUGUUGCAGAAGGUCAAUGGACCCAGAUAGCAGCCUUCAUUGAACGAACUUUUCGUCCAAUCAAGUGGGAGCACAAAGCUUGGGAUGUUGAUCGGUUUUGUCAUGCGGUCAGUCAUAAAAAGAAGGUGGCAGCAAAAGGCCCUGAUGGGGUGAGUCAGCCAGAUUUGGCAGCUCUGCCAAAGGGUGGUUGUGAGGCUCAUGUCAAGUUUUUCCAGUCGGUAGAGCAGGGUCAGGCAUGGCCAAUUCAAGUAGCCACUGGCUUUGUCACGAGUUUGGCCAAACACUUGCAAGCACAGGCAGUCGACCAAUUCCGUCCAGUCACAGUCUACAGUCUUGUGUACCGUCUUUGGUCCUCCGAACGGGCUAAGGAAGCUUUGAGGUCAGUGGCAAAGGUGGUUCCAGGGAGUGUCCAAGGGGGUCUUCCGAGGCGCCAGGCUAAAGCUAUAUGGUAUGAGGUGGCUCAGGCUUUGGAAACUGCCUAUGUGGACAAUGAGCCGUUGCAUGGAAUCAUGUUGGACUUGACGAAAGCUUUUAACAUGUUGCCGCGGUUUCCACUGUGGGUGGCCUUGCGUGCGUUGGAUUUUCCGAAGGGGGUCUUGCGAGCGUGGGUUGGUUUUGUCUCUGGCCAAGCACGACGUUUCAGAGUGAGGCAGUCUGUUGGUGAGGGGCUGCAGUCCUGUCGAGGUCUUCCAGAGGGGUGUGCACUUUCGGUGUUUGGAAUGGUCAUCGUGGACUGGUUGCUGGAUGAGUGGCUGCAGCAGCUAAGUGUUUCGGUGGACUUGCAAGCUUUUGUGGAUGAUUGGGGUGUGCUGUUCCGUGAUGCUGAUACGUUUCAUGUGGUCUGGCGUGCCAUUUUGGAUUUCACGCAGCUCAUGGACUUAACCUUGGACAUGGCCAAAUCCAAACUGUGGAGUACUCAUGCUGCUGCCAGGGGCCAGUUUAGGGAAACAGCUCUGCAUGUCGCAUAUACCGCCCGAAACUUAGGUGCACACCAAAACUUCACAAGACACUGUUGGAAUAGUGUUUUGCAGUCCAGGUUGAAACAGAUGCCUGAAGUAUGGUCUCGAUUGCGAGCCAGCCUGAGCCCAUAUCGUGCGAAAGUACGAGCUUUAGCUAUGCUGGGGUGGCCGCGAGCGUUGCAUGGGAUCUCAGUUGUUCACCUUGGUCACAGCCAUUAUAAGGUGCUGCGCACCGGAGCCAUGCGGAGCUUGAGGGCAGAGAGGAAAGGAGCCAAUCCGGUGUUGCACUUGUCCACAAAUGGCAUGCAUGUUGAUCCGGAAGGUUGGACAAUUUUGCAGACUUUACGGGAUGUCCGAGAGCUUGGAGGGUAUGAAAAAAUGGAGCGUCUCCUGUCUCUUUUUGCCUCGCGUGAUGUGGACUUACCAAAAAAUGGCCCCACAGCUGUGUUGUUGACACGUCUGGAGCGCCUUGGUUGUGCUGUUAACACCAAUGGGCUCGUCCAGGACCGUUUUGGGUCUUUCAACCUUUUGGGACUGAGUUGGGAUGAGUUGCUCUUGCGGGUGCGCAUGUCUUGGGGGGUUGUCUUGCAGCAAGAAGUUGGUCACCGUGCUUCGUUCCAGGGCAUUGACAUGGUGGACCUAGGUGAGUUACAGCUUUCUUUGCGGCAGUUUGGUCAAAUGGACUUGGUUUAUCUGCGUUGUCAUUUGGAUGGCACUUUGUACACACAAAACGGUAGGGCCAAGUUUGAAUCCAAUACCUCUGAUAGGUGCCCCUGGUGCGGUGAGAAAGAUGGGUUUUAUCACAGAGCUUGGAAGUGUCCUCACUUCGCUGAUUGCCGGAGUCACCUCACUGCGGAACAACUGGACUUAGUUCCCUCUCUUCCACUUUGCUUGUCUGCGCAUGGAUGGCCAGUCAUGUUGCCGGAAUGGGAAGUGUUUUCUGGUUGGUUGUUAGGGGGUCAUGGACUUAAACAGCUGUCAUCAUUUGAGCUCCCUAAGAUAACACAUGAUCGGUUGGUUGAUGUGUUUGUUGACGGUACAGCAGCUCACCCAAAAGAGGCAAAGUUGCGUUAUGCAGCAUGGGCAAUCACGUGCGUCCCGGGUGGUCCGGGGUCUCUGGACAAUCAGGUGGUAGCUGGAGGACAUGUGGAGGGGCUGAUCCAGUCACCAUACCGAGCAGAGUUGACAGCGAUGCUUGAGGCACUCCGUUGGGCAACCCGGCAGAAUGUACGGGUGCGCAUAUGGUGUGACUGUCAAGGUGUUUGUCAGGGGGUGCGGCGAUUGCAAAGAGGUGGCGUUGUCAAGGUGAAUGGACCUCACUCAGACCUCUGGCAAGAGAUUGCUCAGUUGCUUGCAGACCGGGAGAAGGAGGAUGUAGUGGUCUGUAAGGUGGUGUCUCAUGGUGAUUACCAACAAGCCACUUCACCAUUGGAGGAAUGGGUGUAUUGGCACAAUGCACUCACCGAUCAUGCAGUUAACAAGAUCAAUGAGCUUCGACCGCAAGGUUUUUGGGUAGCAUGGAAUGGAUUGGCCAAGGCACUUGAGCAACACCGGAAGUUGCACUUGGCUAUACUUUUUACGUUACUGAAGUCUGGUCGCAAAGCUCACAGAGAGCAGCAGGUGGUUCCCAAAGUACCGGUGGUUCCAGUUCGACGGGAGGUAAAAAUGCCGGUGCCGCCUUCUUGUUGGACACUGGGUGACAAGACCGUCAAGAGGUAUGGUCGAGGGAAUGCACAAGCCUUUCACCAAUGGUGGACUGCGGUUGGAAACUCCAUGCUUCAAUCGGAACAUCAGCUGGUUUGGAUUUCAGGGGUACAAUUGUUUGCUGCUUUUAACUUGGCAACUGCAUAUGUAGGACCUUUUGUUUGGCGGAAACGAUGGUACUCUGUAGGAGAUGACAUACCUGACCAGGCGCGAGUUUCGUGGGGCUCCAGGGUCAAACCUUUUCUUCUCAUGAUGCGCUCGUACUUAGCACAGCAAGGAGUCAAACUUUGCCAGAAACUGACCAAACCGCGAUCAGCAGCGGUUUCCAGAUGGGUUGUCAGCUACCGUUUGCGUUGGCAUGAUGCUUUGGUCGACCAAGUCGACGAUGCACUGUUUCACCUCAAAGGGCGCCAGCUGGUCACUGCAUCAGACCUGGCUGAUUUGAGACCUCCAAGGACGGGGUAGGCGUG